AUCUUCUCGUAGUCACCGCCGUGCUGCUGACUGAUCUGCUCGCAGUCACCUCCGCGCUGCUGACUAAUCUGCUCGCAGUCACCGCCGCGCUGCUGACUGAUCCGCUCGCAGUCACCGCCGCGCUGCUGACAGAUCCGGUUGCAGGCACUGCCGAACUUGCGUCUACUCCCGUCACAUGGCCUGCCAACAGCUCCACUCGCGGGGAGCUGUCAUGCUUCUGUCUGCUCAACUUCGUGUGGUCUACUGUGCGUGUCUGGUCAGCUCCUUGGGGGCCAUUGUCGUCGUGUCUGCUUAUAUCCACAGGAAGCUGUAUGGCUGGCACCGGCUCAGUCCACGGUUUUUUGGGUUCGGUAGGUGCUUGUCAGGCCAACAACUACUCUGCUCAGAGAGUGGUUGCUGGACAACUCGGUCGCCAUAUCAACAGAUCAGCUUGCUGUUGGAAUGUUACUGUCAGAUAUUGUAUCUGCCCCAGAUUAAUGACCUGGUAAGUCACUUUAUUUCUGGCAAUGAUCAGUUUAAUGGUUAAUCUAUAUUUACAUUUAAUAAGAGACCCAUUAGUGACAUUAUCUUUUAGUAUUGUGUGAUUUUCCUAGGUCUUGGCUUCAUUGCAUAGUUUGUUGAUUUUAAUGGCACCAGUCAAUUAGUCCAACAGUUUUUUAAAUUUUCCUUAAAAAUAAUUUUUCAGUCUUGGGCAGUAGUAAGAAAUUUUAAUGUAAUGAUGUAGAUUAUUAUAAAGAGCAUUGAAAUUAAAGAUUCUUCUAUCACUGGGAUUCAUUUAAGCCAUGCAGUGUUGGGCUACCUAAUGUCAUGCUUGAGGGCCCCAGAUGGAAUCCAAACUCACGGGAUUCAGACAUAUGGAGCAGUUGCUCAAGUUGUCAAAAAUGAAUGAUAUAUUUACCACAACAUGUUUUGGGAGUGCAUUAUCAGAUGAUCAAAUGGUUAAAGCUAUGUCAUUAGGAACUAUCAAAACUAAAAAUUCAUCAACAAACAUGCCUUGUCAAACAUUUAAAACUCUUCUGUGAAUAUUUCAUUGUUUCGCAUCACCUCGUGAAGGUCAGUUUCAAGCAGAGCUUUGUGAGAUGGUUAUGUGAGAAAAUGAGAUAUUCAAAGAAGAGCUUUAUUUGUUUAAUAUGGCAUGUUUGCUUGUAGUGUGUUGGUUUGAUGGUGUCUAUGGGAUAGCAAUGUUAAACUCUUGAUAGGAUUUGAAACAUAUUGUGGUAAAUAUAACUUGUAAGAUGUGUGGAAGUUUCUUUGUCCAGGUCAACACGGUGACACCUAAUUGUGGAUAGCGAUUGCCCUUAGCGACCAGUCUCCUGACUGGUGGUUGUCUUAAGUUGCUGCAUUGCUGGUUUGGUGCUGUUAGCACAAUGGCAGUUCUUCACGUGAGUGGCUACUGUCGCUGGGGCAACCCCCUUAUGGGAAGGAGUGUUCCUAAAGCUGUGCUUCUUGUGGUUUUCCGACUCCAAGCCAGCCGCUCCGCUCAUGUGAUACAGCUGUGACGGGUGGCAAUCUUGCUAGGAGAUCACUCAUGAAUCACUGCUCCACUCCCGGUAUUUACGGUACUACUGACUGCUCUUCUCUGGGGAGCCAUGGUGCUGUCGACUGCUUCACUCAUGGGAGACAUGGCGCAGUCGAUGGUUCCGCUCGUGGGGGCUGUGUUGCUGUCGGCCAGCUCCGCUCCAGGCUGCCGCUGUGCAGCCAACCACUCCGGUCGCGGCCCCUGCCGCCUAUCCAACUGAUCUACUCGCGUCCACCGCCUCGGUGCCGGCUGAUCAGCUCGUGGACACAGCCGCGCCGGCUAGUGAUCAGGUCUCGGACACUGCCGCGCUGUAGACUGAUCAGCUCGUGGACACCGCCACGCUGACGACUUAUCCUCAUAGACACCGCCGCGCUGCCGGCUGAUCUUCUCGUAGUCACCGCCGCGCUGCUGACUGAUCUGCUCGCAGUCACCGCCGCGCUGCUGACUGAUCUGCUCGCAGUCACCGCCGCGCUGCUGACUGAUCUGCUCACAGUCACCGCCGCGCUGCUGACUGAUCUGCUCACAGUCACCGCCGCGCUGCUGACAGAUCCGCUCGCAGUCACCGCCCCACUGCUGACAGAUCCGCUCGCAGACACUGCCGAACUUGCGUCUACUCCCGUCACAUGGCCUGCCAACAGCUACACUUGCGGGGAGCUGUCAUGCUUCUGUCUGCUCAACUUCGUGUGGUCUACUGUGCGUGUCUGGUCAGCUCCUUGGGGGCCAUUGUCGUCGUGUCUGCUUAUAUCCACAGGAAGCUGUAUGGCUGGCACCGGCUCAGUCCACGGUUUUUUGGGUUCGGUAGGUGCUUGUCAGGCCAACAACUACUCUGCUCAGAGAGUGGUUGCUGGACAACUCGGUCGCCAUAUCAACAGAUCAGCUUGCUGUUGGAAUGUUACUGUCAGAUAUUGUAUCUGCCCCAGAUUAAUGACCUGGUAAGUCACUUUAUUUCUGGCAAUGAUCAGUUUAAUGGUUACUCUGUAUUUACAUUUAAUAAGAGACCCAUUAGUGACAUUAUCUUUUAGUAUUGUGUGAUUUUCCUAGGUCUUGGCUUCAUUGCAUAGUUUGUUGAUUUUAAUGGCACCAGUCAAUUAGUCCAACAGUUUUUUAAAUUUUCCUUAAAAAUAAUUUUUCAGUCAUGGGCAGUAGUAAGAAAUUUUAAUGUAAUGAUGUAGAUUAUUAUAAAGAGCAUUGAAAUUAAAGAUUCUUCUAUCACUGGGAUUCAUUUAAGCCAUGCAGUGUUGGGCUACCUAAUGUCAUGCUUGAGGGCCCCAGAUGGAAUCCAAACUCACGGGAUUCAGACAUAUGGAGCAGUUGCUCAAGUUGUCAAAAAUGAAUGAUAUAUUUACCACAACAUGUUUUGGGAGUGCAUUAUCAGAUGAUCAAAUGGUUAAAGCUAUGUCAUUAGGAACUAUCAAAACUAAAAAUUCAUCAACAAACAUGCCUUGUCAAACAUUUAAAACUCUUCUGUGAAUAUUUCAUUGUUUCGCAUCACCUCGUGAAGGUCAGUUUCAAGCAGAGCUUUGUGAGAUGGUUAUGUGAGAAAAUGAGAUAUUCAAAGAAGAGCUUUAUUUGUUUAAUAUGGCAUGUUUGCUUGUAGUGUGUUGGUUUGAUGGUGUCUAUGGGAUAGCAAUGUUAAACUCUUGAUAGGAUUUGAAACAUAUUGUGGUAAAUAUAACUUGUAAGAUGUGUGGAAGUUUCUUUGUCCAGGUCAACACGGUGACACCUAAUUGUGGAUAGCGAUUGCCCUUAGCGACCAGUCUCCUGACUGGUGGUUGUCUUAAGUUGCUGCAUUGCUGGUUUGGUGCUGUUAGCACAAUGGCAGUUCUUCACGUGAGUGGCUACUGUCGCUGGGGCAACCCCCUUAUGGGAAGGAGUGUUCCUAAAGCUGUGCUUCUUGUGGUUUUCCGACUCCAAGCCAGCCGCUCCGCUCAUGUGAUACAGCUGUGACGGGUGGCAAUCUUGCUAGGAGAGCACUCAUGAAUCACUGCUCCACUCCCGGUAUUUACAGUACUACUGACUGCUCUUCUCUGGGGAGUCAUGGUGCUGUCGACUGCUCCACUCAUGGGAGCCAUGGUGCUGUCGACUGCUCCACUCAUGGGAGACAUGGUGCUGUCGACUGCUCCACUCAUGGGAGACAUGGUGCAGUUGAUGGCUCCGCUCGUGGGGGCUGUGUUGCUGUCGGCCAGCUCAGCUCGAGGCCGCAGCUGUGCUGCCGACUGCUCCGGUUGCGGCCUCUGCCGCGUAUCCAACUGAUCUGUUCGCGUUCACCGCCUCGGUGCCGACUAAUCAGCUCGUGGACACUGCCGCGCUGGCUACUGAUCAGGUCGCGGACACUGCCGCGCUGUAGACUGAUCAGCUCGCGGACACCGCCACACUGGCGACUUUUCCUCAUAGACACCGCCGCGCUGCCGGCUGAUCUUCUCGCAGUCACCGCCGCGCUGCCGACUGAUCUGCUCGUAGUCACCGCCGCGCUGCCGACUGAUCUGCUCGUAGUCACCGCCGCGCUGCCGACUGAUCUGCUCGCAGUCACCGCCGCACUGCUGACAGAUCCGCUCGCAGACACUGCCGAACUUGCGUCUACUCCCGUCACAUGGCCUGCCAACAGCUCCACUCGCGGGGAGCUGUCAUGCUUCUGUCUGCUCAACUUCGUGUGGUCUACUGUGCGUGUCUGGUCAGCUCCUUGGGGGCCAUUGUCGUCGUGUCUGCUUAUAUCCACAGGAAGCUGUAUGGCUGGCACCGGCUCAGUCCACGGUUUUUUGGGUUCGGUAGGUGCUUGUCAGGCCAACAACUACUCUGCUCAGAGAGUGGUUGCUGGACAACUCGGUCGCCAUAUCAACAUAUCAGCUUGCUGUUGGAAUGUUGCCUUCAGAUAUUGUAUCUGCCCUGCAAGCAGGUUAAUGACCUGGUAAGUCACUUUAUUUUGGGCAAUGAUCAUUUUAAUGGUUAGUCUGUAUUCACAUUUAAUAAGAGACCCAUUAGUGACAUUAUCUUUUAGUAUUGUGUGAUUUUCCUAGGUCUUGGCUUCAUUGCGUAGUUUGUUGAUGGCACCAGUCAAUUAGUCCAACAAUUUUUUAAAUUUUCCUUAAAAAAAUAAUUUUUUCAGUCGUGGGCAGUACUUAGAGAUUUUAAUGUAAUGAUGUAGAUUAUUAUAAAGAGCAUUGAAAUUAAAGAUUCUUCUAUCACUGGGAUUCAUUUAAGCCAUGCAGUGUUGGGCUACCUAAUGUCAUGCUUGAGGGCCCGAGAUGGAGUCCAAACUCACGGGAUUCAGACAUAUGAAGCAGUUACUCAAGUUGUCAAAAAUGAAUGAUAUAUUUACCACAACAUGUUUUGGGACUGUAUUAUCAGAUAAUCAAAUGGUUAAAGCUAUGUCAUUAGGAACUAUCAAAACUAAAAAUUCAGCAACAAACAUGCCUUGUCAAACAUUUAAAACUCUUCUGUGAAUAUUUCAUUGUUUCGCAUCACCUCGUGAAGGUCAGUUUCAAGCAGAGCUUUGUGAGAUGGUUAUGUGAGAAAAUGAGAUAUUCAAAGAAGAGCUUUAUUUGUUUAAUAUGGCAUGUUUGCUUGUAGUGUGUUGGUUUGAUGGUGUCUAUGGGAUAGCAAUGUUAAACUCUUGAUAGGAUUUGAAACAUAUUGUGGUAAAUAUAACUUGUAAGAUGUGUGGAAGUUUCUAUGUCCAGGUCAACACGGUGACACCUAAUUGUGGAGAGCGAUUGCCCUUAGCGACCAGUCUCCUGACUGGUGGUUGUCUAAGUUGCUGCAUUGCUGGUUGGGUGCUGUUAUUGCAAUGGCAGUUCUUCACCUGAUCGGCUUCUGUCACUGGGGCAUCCCCCUUAUGGGAAGGAGUGUCCUAAAGCUGUGCUUCUUGUGGUUUUCCGACUCCAAGCCAGCAUCUCCGCUCAUGUGAUACAGCUGUGAUGGGUGGCAAUCCUGCUAGGAGAGCACUCAUGAAUCACUGCUCCACUCCCGGUAUUUACGGUACUACUGACUGCUCCUCUGGGGAGCCAUGGUGCUGUCGACUGCUCUGCUCAUGGGAGUCAUGGUGCUGUCGACCGCUCCAGUUGUAGGAGCCAUGAUACUGCUGACGGCUCCGCUCGUGGGAGUUGUGUUGCUGUCGGCCGCUUCGCUCGUGGGAACCGUAGUGCUGUCGACUGCUCCACUCGUGGGAGCCGUGGUGAUGUCGACAGCUCUGCUCGUGGGAACUGUGUUGCUGUUGGCCGCUCCGUUCGUGGAAGCCGUAGUGCUGUUGGCCGCUCCGCUCGUGGGAGCACUGUUGCUGUUGGCCGCUCCGCUCGUAGGAGCUGCGGUGCUGUCGACUGCUCCGCUCGUGGGAGCUGCGGUGCUGUCGACUGCUCCGCUCGUGGGAGCUGCGGUGCUGUCGACUGCUCUGCUCGUGGGAGCUGUGGUGCUGUCAACAGCUUCACUCGUUGGAGCCGCGGUGCUGUCAACUGCUCCACUCGUGGGAGCCGUACUGCUGUCGACUGCUUCGAUCAUGGGAGUCGUGGUGCUGUCUACCGCUCCGCUCGUGGGAGCUGUGGUGCUGUCGGCCGCUCCGCUCGUGGGAGCCGUGGUGCUGGCUACUGCUCUGCCCGUCAGAGCUGUGACGCUAUCAACUGCUCUGCUCAGGGAAUCCAUCUUUCUGGUUGAUGCUCCACUCAUGGGGGCUAUUGACUGUUUCAUUUGUGAGGGCUAUUUUACAGGUGACUUCGCUACACACCAGUACUGUUGUCCAAGCAAUGAUCUUGUGGUAGUUGUCAUUCUGGUUACAGUUCUACUUGUGGUGGCAGUUUGCUGGUGACUAUUCUACUCAUGGCCCAUUUCUGAUGGUGAUUGCUGCUCAAGGAUACUGACAACAUUGCAAUGAUUAACAACUUCCUUUCAGAUAUGGGGACCAAUAUUGAACUGUAGAUCUUGUUGACUGCAUUUUCCAUAGUUGCACUACUUGAUCUUUCCAAAACAUGAAAUGCUUCUGAGUGUUAAGAAUGCUGUGUCUGACACCGUAUAGUGUUUUAAAAGCAUAGAAUAUUUUUAAAGCAUACUUGUUUGAUGCCAUAAGAUAUUGAAAACAUUAAAUUUGUUGUUACCUUAGUUGUGGAACUUUGGACAUCAUUAUGUGUUAAGGAGUUUGAGUGUGAGGCCAGUAUUGCAUUCCACUGUGGAUUUUAUGAUGUGAAUUUCUUGUUGUGCAAUGCACUGAAGAACUUGAUUGUAGGAGAUUUACUGUGUUGUGUAAUGUGUGGUACAGUUCAGACCUUAGUUGUAAUGUCUGGCAGACCAUUGGCAUUUUCUGCCUUGUACACAGUGUUUCAGCACGUUAUGAUGUCCUUUGCAACUUUGCCUAUCAACUUGGGUUCUGACAUUGUGCAAAGUGGAAUGCAGCUGAUUCUCCACUAGCCUCCAAUCAUUGGUCUGUUGGACCACUGCUAAUUCAGUGCUUGGUUGUAGCAGCUGUAGCCACUCGCAACCACAUGCCUCAGUCUCUCUGCUCUGCAGGGGUUUUUAGUGUACUGAAGUUUAGGCCCCUUGCUGCAGUUUAAUAUGCUUUUCAGUUUUGGCUGCUGUGGGUCUCUUAUCAGAUGCUGUGUGUGCAGGGAGCUUUUAGUCAUCUAUGGCGUUGUCUCUUAAUCUGUGUGCUAGGCUGGGGCUGUUAUCACCACAGUCUGAUUGAUGCAACAACUGCUCGUACCAUCCCGUGUCCCAGUGUUAUAUUUGUUAAUAAAUUGUUAAAGUCAUUCCAGAAUUUGUUAAAGUCAUUGUUUUUUAAAUGUUUGUGUAGUGUUGUGGUGUUUCCUACAGUUACAGGUGCUUCAGUUUCCUGUGGUGAAAUUUGCAUUGGUUGUCAAACGUACUCGUGUUUUUUUUAGAUAACAGUUUCUUUUGUGCAUUUAUCCAAGAGGUCAUAGGUUUGCAUGUGCAGUAAUUCAGCAACUGUGGGACGAGGAUACUGACCAGUUAAUACAAAUUUAGUUCCAGGAAACAAAAACAGUUGUAAUUGGUUCUUUGGAUAAUCAUAUAGAAAUGUUAAACAGGGGAUGUCAAACCAUUUAUCAAAAAUUCACCAUGAGUGUGACUGACCACUCAGCUAGACCAAUCCGUUCGAUUGGUCCAUCUCUGAACGGGUUCCUUAUAUGGUCAUAUCUAUUUGCUGUGUUCAAGUUUCAGGACCACAACCAAGACCACAGACAAGUAUGUUUUGUAAGCUAUGUGCAUGCUCUAUAGAAUAUUUACCUUGUUAAUAUUUUGGUUGUACCGUGAUUAGCUGGCCUAUCUCCAUAUCGUUCAAUGCAGAAGUGCCCAGCUUUUUUUUUUCCCUGGAAGUAUCCAGGAUUUGUCAAAUUUGUCAUGGAGGUGUCCAAGGUACAUCCAGGGAUCAUCGCACUAUAUGUCGCCGAGGUGGCUGGAUUUCACUGCCACAUUCAUAACAGAGGUGUCAGGAUUUGUCACAGAGGUAUCUGUUGUUUGUCGUGGAAGCGUCCAGGAUUCAUUGCGCCAUUCAUCACAGAUGGGUCCUGUUCAUUGUGGAGAUGUCCAGGAUUUGUCCUGGAGCUGUCCUGUUUUUGUAGCAGACGUGUCCUGGAUUCAUCGUGGUGGUGUCUGAGAUGCGUUGCAUUGUUUAUUGGGGAGGCAGCUGGGAUUUAUUGCAUUGCUCAUUGUGGAGGUGUCUGGGAUUUGUCGUGGAGGUGUUCUCCAGGACUCGAUGCGAAGAUGUCCGGGAUUCGUCGCGGGACUCGAUGCGGAGGUGUCCGGGAUUCGUUGCGGAGACAUCCAGGAUUCGUCACGGAGAUGUCUGGCAUUCGUCGUGGAGGUAUCCAGGAGUCAUGAUUCGUCAUGGAACUGUUCGAACCGUGAUUCAUCGUGGAGUGUCCAGCGGAAUUCAUCGCAGAGGUGUCACGGUUUUACUGGCAGAGGUACCCCGGUUCCAUCUCAGCGUUCAUUGUGGAGGUGUGCGGGUUUCGUCUCAUCGUUCUUCGUGGAGGUGUCCAGGUUUCGUCUCUAUAUUCUACGCGGAGGUGACCGGAUUUCGUUCCAUCGUUCGUCGUGGAGGUGUCCGGGUUUUGUCACGGAGGUGUCCGGGUGUCGUCGCGGAAGUGUCCGGGUUUCGUCGCGGAGGUGUCCGGGUUUCGUCUCAUCGUUCGUCGCGGAGGUGUCCGGGUUUCGUCUCAUCGUUCGUCGCGGAGGUGUCCGGGUUUCGUCUCAUCGUUCGUCGCGGAGGUGUCCGGGUUUCGUCUCAUCGUUCGUCGCGGAGGUGUCCGGGUUUCGUCUCAUCGUUCGUCGCGGAGGUGUCCGGGUUUCGUCUCAUCGUUCGUCGCGGAGGUGUCCGGGUUUCGUCUCAUCGUUCGUCGCGGAGGUGUCCGGGUUUCGUCUCAUCGUUCGUCGCGGAGGUGUCUGGGUUUCAUCUCAUCGUUUGUUAUAACGGUGUCUGGGUUUCGUCAUGGGGGUAUCGGGGCUUUGUCUCAUCAUUUGUUGCGGAGGGGGGGGUGGGUCUGUUUGCUUUCGUCUCAUCGUUCAUCGUGAAAGUGGCCUUGGUUUUUCUAAUUACAUAUCAUUGUGGUGUCCUAAGAUUUUCUUAACAUGCAUGACAGAGGCGUUGUAAGAUUUUUUUGGAAUGCAUCAGAUGUGUCACAAGUCAUAGCAUAUCUCUGGUGCACGACGAGCUGAAAGGACACCACACGGAACUUCCUAUGGUAUUAUUUUUGCAUCAUGGAGAUAGCGAUUAGGUGCAUAUGGUACCAAAUAGAUGCCUGGCAGUUGACACAUUACAGAGUGUCCAGUUCAGCUCGUACAAUAAAUUUGUCCAUAGUUCGUAUUACCAUGCACCAUGUUCACUUUUAUGGCUGGCUGCCUAAGUUACAGAUCAGUAUGAUUUAUUGUCUUAUUGUUUAUGGAGAUGUUCAUUGACUGUCUCCACAUUAAUUGUGAAUUUUUUGUGAUUCUAGUCUGUCUUAUGCAUAUAUGUAACUGGUGUCUCCUGCUUUAGAGACAUAAUUGAGACCUUGCCUUUCAAUAAUUAAAACUUAAUCCAUGUGAAGGUACAACAUUGACAACAAAGGUUAGCUUGUGUGCCAUAGUGAUGUCCCAGUUCUUUUUAGCAUUUUCUGUUGUGCAUAAUGUGAAUAGUGAAAUAUUUGGUUUUGUGUAAUUGGCUCAAAACAGGUAAGACUACGUAUGGUAGUUAAUGACGUGUAUUUAACAUUUAGUGUUGCCUUUUUUGUACUGGUUGAUUUAGUCUCCUGUUGUAUACAAAUUACAUUUACUGGCAGAAAUAUCCCAGUAAAGUUGUGACUUUAAGUCUUGAUAUUGGACUGCCCUUAAGAGGUUGAAUGGCACAAAAUUGCAGCAUUAUCUAAGUAUUAUUUCUUUUCAUUAUGGCCUAUCUACUUCUUCAUUAGAGCAGAUGUAUCCUAAGAAAUCCAGAGGCUGUAUCACUGAAAUCAAAGAGAUGUGUGAGUGAUGAGAGCUAUAGGUAGUAAUCGUUCAUACUGGCACACAAGUGCAGUUGGAUUUUUUAAAAAAAUUAUUUAUUGAUGUUAGCAAAUUCAUCACACACAUUUUUUACGCCAAAGACAUAAACUUUUUUUCAAAUGUUUUUAUGUACACACACUGCAUUACUUUGAAGCAGGUCUCAAUUAUGCAGCACAUACUUUUUUGUUAACAUGACUGCAGGAACAAGGUGUGUGUGACAUGCCCCCCCCCCCCCCCCCCCUAAAAUAAUUUCAAUCAUGCAUUCCUUUCUGGGUCUUCCAAUUUGUAUGCAGUCUUUUAUUGUGAUCGUCAGUCUAAAAUUUUCACUGAGUACUGCAUUAGCUUUAUUAUUUUUCACUUUGGAUUGAUGCAGUUCUCUCACCAGGUUCUCAUAAAGAAAACUCCACUUCAGAGAGAGAUGGGGGCAGUCACCCACAUGUAAUGAAAUGACCUAAUUAAAUUCCACAAUUGACUGUGCAAUUAGUACUGGAUUUCCAUCAUUUCAUUAAAUUUCGCAGUUCAUGAGAAAGGUCUUCCUGGAUAACAAGUCAUCACUCAAUAACAGUCAAAUUCUAGAAAUGUUUUACAAAGAAUGCAGUUGUGAAUGAUUAAUCAAAACCUAACAUACUGAAACAUAGUUGAUACCAAAAUAUUAAUUUGCUGUCACAUUGUUUUUAGGCAGCAAUUGGCAAGUAUAUAUAGAGCAGUACUUGCUAUGGUCCUGUAUGUCGUCUUACAUUCGUGUGUGUUUAUACCGACAUUGUAAUACAUACUUAUUUCACAGUUAAUGUAAUCUUCAUUAGUGAUAAUAUUUCCUUGUUCGUCUCAGUAAUUCAUAUAGAUUUGGAAAUGGUGAUAAAUCAGAUCCUUAUUUUUUGAAGAAUAAUUUAAGCACUGCUCUGUAAUCAGGAAACUUAUUACUUUAAAUCAGUAUAGAUCAAUGUUCUAGCAAGAUUUUUUAAAGUAGGAUCAAUGUUUUAGAGCACCUAAUACUAUGAAGUUUUAUGUACCAAAUUCUUUUGUAAAAUAAAUGUUCCUCAACAAAACUAACUAUACUACAUCUGUCAGUACAUUAUAGAAAAAUUGCCUGAAUAAUUGAAAACUGAAUUAAUUGUAAUAUUUACUAGGUAAUUGAUAUCCAAAAGUAAACUAAAAAAUUGAAAACAAAGCAUUUAUUUACUUUAGGAAUGAUACCAGAGCAAAUGGAGGUCCUACACUUUUCAUGCAUUCUUUGUUCUUAUGAUUGGUGACAACUAUUAUCAGUGAUGUUAUUGCUCUAAUGUGGUUGAAAAAUUGCAUUGCUCCAUGCCAUAAACUUACUAGUGUUGCUUGUGAACCUUUCAUUGCAGUCCCUUGUGUGAGCGUCCCUUUAAAAAUUCCUUCAGGUGGUUGUUAAUGUUUGCAUUUUCCUUUCUAUUAUUCCUCUGUCACUUCCACCAUCCAAAUAGAGAAACACUUCCAUUACAGUUCUCAUUUCAGCUUAUAUAAGUUACUUAAACUUUGUGUGUGUGUGUGUGUGAGUGAGAGAGAGAGAGAGAGAGAGAGAGAGAGAGAGAGAGAGAGAGACUUGUGGGCACUCAACACUGAAGUUAUCAGCGUACCAAAGUGGAAAUUUGUAUUCAUGUCUUAUCUUUUGAUUCACAUGUAAUGAAAAUUAACGUAAACUCUCAACUACUAAAUUCUUUUUAUUUUAUUUCUUUAUUUUGAGAGAGGGUGUCUUUCUUGAGUAUCUGAAGUUGAACACCAGGAUGGAUUCAUAAUUGCCUCGCUCAAACAUGAAUUUGGUUUAGUUUAUGAAAUUCUUCUCAUUUAACAUUGGAUGAGUUGUGUAAAUAAGUCACAUUUAAGUACAUAACUAAUUGCUUUGGUGUCUUUACCAUUUGUUAAUAUUCAGUGCAGAGUAUGAACACCAUUAUAGCAUAGAAUCAUAGUUUUUUUUUUUUAUAACAUUGGUUGGUUACAUCAGAGAUGGUAAUGAUAGUUCUGUUUCUAUACUACUUUGUAAGACAACGCAAUAUCUUGAAUUUCUGUAUGGAUAAUACAUUAAACUGAACAUCUUCAAUGGAAUUUGUGCUUAGAUAUUAAUAAAACUAUUGUAAUCAAAGUCAGUCUUUGCAUAAGUGAAAUAAAGAUUAUAUACCAGUGCUCUGGUUGAAAUCCAGUCUGCAGUUUCUUCCUCAUUUUAGAUACUUCUUGCUUAAAUUAGAACGUCUUGUGAAAUCUUUUGUGUUCAAUUCUUAUCAGCCCUUCAGUAUUAUAACCACAACUCUAUUUCAUGUCUGUGAUUGUUUUAUGUUUCAAUUGAAGAUCACACUGCACAACAGUAAUUUGUUGUGUAUUGGCACUGUGGGAAACAUAUUUCUCCAUUAUGGGAAACCCAUUGCUCCAUAAAUCUAAUGAAUUGUCAAUAACUGGCAAGUGUCAGCAGUAUCAUGGCAAUAUUUUUAAUCAAUUUUUACUUGAUGUUUAGUAUAUGAUGGAUGUAAAUAUAUCGAUUAUUUCCUUUGUUGAGAAAACAAGAUAAUGAGGGUUGAAGUAUUUCCAGUGUUUUCUAUUUAUCAAAAACAUAAGUAAUGUAUGAAUAAAAAUAAAUGCUAAUAAAGGAAUAACAUUUUCUAAAUCUG